CAUAUUCUAGCCAAGAAUCCUUUAGUGCACUUCGCUCAACGCAAUGGCCGACCUAGUCACACUCACAGCACUUAGUCCACGCGAAGCUGUCGCAGAUGCUCUCCACCGCUGCAUCCUCGGUAUCGACACCAACAAUCGGGGCCUGUUUGAGUCAGCAUGCUUAACGAACGAGAGUAUGACUGUUGUCGCUGGUCCAAUUACUCUCGAGGGCUGGACCGCGAUCAGCGAUUUCUUUCUUAAGGUCUUCGUCCUGGUCACCACGCAUAUCACCAGCAAUAUCCGUAUUGAGCUGAAGGAUGGCGCGGACACGGCAUUCAUGACCGCCCACGCGAUCUCAUAUCAUGUUCGGCCAGAUGAUGCGCUCAAGCCGGAGGACACUUCAUACACGGCGUCAAGCUUGUACUUUAUAGAUCUCGUCAAGGAUAGCAGCGACGGCUUGUGGAAGAUCAAGAAGUGGGAGAUAAAGGUUCAGUGGACUACAGGUGAUAGAGCGGUUGUCCAUGGAUAGGAUCCAAGACGUUGCCAUUUAACAUUAUGAACGUUACACCUAACGUUCGUUGAAGGUCUAGGAUAAGCAUACCAAGCAAGAAUAGAAAGGGGUCAUAAAGAGGAGAUCUAUUAGUGGAACCAAAAUUUUG